GGAGGAAAAGUGUGUAACACGAGCUGUGCUGUACACAGAGGAAGACAUGCUCGCACCUAUUGGCUGCAGCACCGCGACGUGUGCUAUCAAGUUCGGUUGAAAUUCACCAUGUUCACGCGCGUGCUUCACUUUCUUCUCAAAUCUGUAAAUCAGACAGAUGUGUACAGCUGUGCCACCAGCAUGGAAAAGCUAUCCGGACUGGUUGGAUAACGUGGUCUUUAUCCUGACGUGUUUUCCUCACUUCACUUCCGGGUUUGACGUCGUGGCUGGACUGCGUCGCUGAGGUGGUAAGAGAAGCGGCUGAAAUGAACACAAUGCAUGUCCUGUCUAGUCUCUGUGCUGCUGUUUAUUAGUCGAAAGAAGGAUUUUUUUCCAGGCUGGGAGAGCAUAGACACCACAAAUGGCACUUUUUCCCUCUGGAAGUUUCACAUAGGGACAUUCCUGCAGUGGACACAACAGAAAAUAGGGGUCCUGUUCCUCCAAACUCAAGCAACUUCUAUAAAUUGGUCUAUUCAAUGCUCUUAGCUUAACUGAUCCUGUUGAAUUGAGUAUGGCUGAGACUUUUAUAUAAAGUGACCUACAGUUUAGGCAGAAUCCAGUCCACAGAGUUGAGCAGUUCAGGCUUCUAGGCAACUCUUCAAGCAGCCCUGAGAUCUGAACCUGCAACCUUCUGCUCAGUAGCAGAUCCCCAGCUUAAAGAACAUUCGGAAACCACAACUGCCUUAUCCAUUAAGGUAACAAAAUUCUCUGCAGGUUGCCAUGGAGUCGUUUGGCAGACAGGAGUUUUUGUGGUUUCUUGCUGAGGGUUGUGUUGUGCCUACUGCUUGGCAAGGCCUGGAACAGGUGUGGCAGCUGCUGCUUGUCUGCUGCCUCUGCCGCAUCAUCUGCAGACUGGGUUUUUCAGUUCAUGUGAAGCAUCUGAGUUCAUUGGCCGGGGGCCUUUAUGUGCUGUAUGUGUUCUUUGAGCUAAACAUGAUAUGGGUGAUCGCACUCAGCCUCGUCUGCUACCUCAUCCUCUUCCUCUGCCGAAGGUCCAGCAACCGAGGAGUUUUUCUUUCCUUGGCUAUCCUUAUCUACAUGCUCAUGGGAGAGCUACAUAUGAUAGAUGCAGAAACUUGGCAUAAGAUGAGAGGCUCUCAGAUGGUGGUGGCCAUGAAGGCCAUUUCUCUGGCCUUUGACCUUGACAGAGGGGCAGUGUCCUCCUUUCCUACAAUGCUGGACUUCCUUGGGUACAUAUGCUUUGUGGGAACAGUUAUCUUUGGCCCAUGGAUUAGCUUCAGCAGCUACAGAGAUGCUGUGGAUGGCCGGAAAAUGAAUUUUGCCUGGUUUGCAAAAAUCGCUCUAAGCUUUAUAAAGAGUCAGUUUUGCCUCGUCAUCUCCACCUGCAUCGCUCCUUAUCUCUUCCCUUACUUCAUUCCCAUAUAUGUCGAUGGACUACCUCAUAGAUGGCUUCAUGCCUAUGAGAACGCUGUGUCCUUCCACUUCAGCAACUACUUUGUUAGCUAUCUGAGUGAAACAACCAUGGUUAUGGCUGGGGCUGGAUUUUCUGAGCAUAAAGACAACCUCAAAUGGGAUAUUACAGUGGCAAAGCCUCUCAAUGUUGAAUUGCCUAGAUCCAUGGUGGAAGUGGUGACUUCUUGGAACCUGCCUAUGUCUCGUUGGCUGAACAAAUAUGUCUUCAAGAGUGCACUGAAACUUGGUACUUUUCCUGCCAUUUUGGUGACGUACACUGCUAGUGCUCUACUACAUGGCCUCAGCUUUCAUCUAGGAGCUGUGCUUUUGUCUCUGGGAUUUAUCACUUAUGUGGAGCAUGUUCUUAGAAAGAGACUAGCAGCCAUUUUCAGUGCCUGCAUACUGUCGAAGCGCUGUCCAAAUGACUGCCAGCAUCAGAACAAAAAGAACAUGUGGGUGUAUGGGAUUAAUCUGUUCUUCAGCGCAUUGUCCAUAUUUCACCUGACAUAUCUGGGCUCACUCUUUGAUCUGGAUGCUGAGGAUGAAAAGGGAUACCUGGCUAGUCACACUAUUCAGAAAUGGUCAGAGCUAAACUGGGCCAGCCACUGGGUGAUGCUAGGCUGCUGGGUCUUCUAUUGGCUCAUUUAAAUCAAUGUAUGAAAACGUGGAACAUCGUCGUUACAAAUAUCUCGGCAACCUGAAACUUUUCUUUGUUUUUUUCACUCCUUUUGAGUUGCAGAGAUGCCAUGAGAUUUGCCAUUCUUCUUGCUUAUAUACUUUAUUCUGAUACUGCUAAAUUCUCUAAGUACUGUAUAUUGUAGGCAUGAGACAUAAUUAAAAUGCCCUAGUUUUUGUUACAACAUUUUAUAUUUUUUAAAAAAAAGCUUACAGUUGUGUAAAGGUAUUUAUUAUUUUCUAAUAAAACAUGAUGGUUCAUCUGCUGA